AAAUGAAUCUUUUUCUUUUUAUGUUUUAUUCAUCAUUUUAGUUGUUUUCAGUGGGACGCCUUGUUGCAUACAGUAAGGCAAGUCUCCACCACUAUGUCCUUCUAUUUCUUUAUAAGAUGGGUAAAAUAAAUGCACUCCUACUUACAUCAGGAUAUCAAUUGAAAUAAUUGUGCUUUGAAAGCUAUGAGGCUCCAAACAAGUAUUACUGUUAUUUUCUUCCCAUUUGUCUUCCCACACUCAAAAUGCUCUUUGGAUUCCUCUUCUUCUGCCAGCCUCUUAAAUGUUGAUCGUCCCCAGUUUUCUACUCUCAACCCACUGUUUUUAUUAAUCUUUAUAAUCUUGAUAGUUUCAUCCCUCCCAAGUCUUCUUUAUUUCUCUACUUCACAUCCAUCUUCUGAGCUAUGAGCCCAUAUCUUUUACUUAUUAUAUCAAAGUCAUCAUGCAUAUGCCCAUGCCAAGAUCUCCUCCCGUGUCGCUGGCCUCAGUGAUGGGCACUGCUCUCCAUCAGCAGUGCAGUUGUCUGAGUGAGAAACGUGGGCAUCAGCCUGAGUUCUUCCCUCCCUCACAUCCACUCAGUCAUCAGAUGCUGUGAAUUGUACUUUCUAAAUGUUUCUCAAACUUGGCCAUUUCUGUUGUCCUCCUGUUCAGUCUCACUGCAGCAAAUCAGCACAGCCCAUGCUACUUGGGAUACAGCUAAGGAUCUGUCAAAUGUUUCUUUCUCUUGAUCACCUCCCAACACACCCACCUUACCAUCAGCCAGAGGGAUGUUCCUAAAAUGCACAUCUGAUUCGAUCACUGCUCUACUUGAAGUCCUUCAGCAGCUUCCCAGUGUUCUAAAGAUAAACUCCAUUAACAUUGAUCACAAGGCUUUUCAUGACCUGACUCUGCUUCUCCAUCCUUUCUCUUGACUUUUUUCCAUUUCACCAUAUACCUCAUUUAUUUUGGACUAUUUGUGUCUCCAUUUCUGGAUAUAUCACACUUUAUCUCUGUCUGGGUGAGCUAGGGGGAUAUCUGACCUACUCGCAUCAUUAGCCUGUCCUAUUACAUGUUUUGAUUGACAUCUGAGACUUUGGCUCUCCCAUUAAGCCUGUUCCUUUUCCCCCUUGGACCAUACGUGUCAUCUCUCUCAGGCUUGACCAGCACGGGGCAGAGGGGGAUGGUUACCUCCUUUUUUUCUAAGCACUGUUUUCCUAAAAAUGCCUAAAAGAGCACCAGAUCUUUAGCAGCCACAUCAUGAGUCCUCUUUUACACAAGCGAGUUGUGAAGCCAUGUCUCUCUCAUCCUGGGUUGCACUGUGGGUUUUCUGUAUCAUAGGAGCUGAUCUGACAUUUUAAUGGGCAUUACAACUUGCUAAAUUUCAUCUGUUUUACUGCAGCUCUUGGUCCAGUCUGUUCUGCAAUAUUUUUGGCUUAAUCAGAAGUCUUACAAUGUAAAGUAAAAGAAAUCCUCUUUCAUCAUGUAGAUAGGGGAACUGACCAGGACCAGAGAUGCUGGAUGGACACCAGGUAGAAGUCACCCAGCAAGCAAAGCAGCAGCAGCAGCAGCACCAGAGCCACAGCCUAGGGCUGCUGGUCCCCAUUCCCAUGCUUCCUUAAUAUGGCACACAAAUUCCCAUUCCUGAAUCCAAUCACUGGGGCAUACUCUUAGCUUCUAAAAAAAUUAAGUCAAAUCUGUUGUAUUUUAAAUGGUAUUAAAUUCCUUUUGGCAAGAGAAGGUAUAAUAAAAAUAGCACCACUCUGAACAGCUGGAAACUUCAGCCUCUCCAUACUGAUAGACUCCUGCCACUUCAAAGAGCUCUUCUACCAAAACUGCCAUGAGAAGGACUCCAUUGGAGAGCCUGACACUUUCCUCUGCAGCCUCGCUUCUUGUCCUCCUUACCCACCUACUGACUGCCCCCCUAUUUUAAGACAUCAGUAUUAGAGACAAAAUUGGGCUUUUCUAUGUUAUAAUUAGGGUACAGCUUUUAAAAGGCAAAACACGAUAACUUGUCACAAAAGACAGGACAGAGCUACCUCCUUCAUUAUGGAAUGUAAGAGGAAUUUUUCGAAGGCUUAUUUUGUAGCUGUUUCACAUCUCACUGGAGUGAAAAAGAUUGGCCAAUUAAUUAUAAAUCAACAGAGCUGCUGUGCACCCUCCUGUAAUUGCUCUCAGGUAGAGAUUAAAAAUUUAGUGCAUGAAAGUUGGUCUUUUCAGGAGAAGAAAAGAAUCACCUGUGACCUUCAACUAUCAUGAACUAAAGGCUUCUUUCAUCCUUUGUUGAGUGUAUUGAGUGUUUAAUUUGGGUAUAUGGAGAGGAAGGAGUUGGAGGGAGAACUGAAAACAUGAUUUGAGUCAUCUGUGUUUGUGUACUUAAAAAGGGGCACCUGGUUGGUUCAGUUGGUAGAGCAUGGAACUCUUGAUCUUGGGGUUAUAGGUUUGAACCCCACAUUGGGUGUAGAGAUUACCUAAAAAUAUAAAAUCUUUUUUUUAAGUUGGAAAAAAAUAAAAAAGAAUUACAUAGGUCUUAUCCAUCUAGAGGCACAAACGAGGCCACAUUAAUGGUAGUACCUAAAAUGCCCUGACUUCCUGCCCUGCCUGUGUGAUUCAGGAUCUCAGCCCAUUAAAUUCCACUCUCAGGUGUUUCUGGGUCUCCUCAGAAAGUUUGAGUUUAAAAAGAGACUUCUCAACUCCUUACUGAUAUGUGCUUUUUAUUAAGUUGCUUUAGAAGAGAGCCUCACUGCAGCCAGCCUACCUUACCCCACAUGGACCAAAGCUGUGGUCCAUGCCAAGGGGUUUGUCUUCUGGUGAUCCCAUAGUUACCAAUCCUUAGGGUGACACAGCAUACCCAGGAGUCUGACCUGACCCAAAUUUGUGCAGUAUUCUUUCUUCAGAAUGUUUUCCCCAACUUGGGCAUGCCUUAUUCACUCUGGUAUUUUCCAUGAGCAUUACUAGUGCACCCCAUCCUGCCCCAGUCGGGUCUCACUGAGUCCAUCUGUGGAUGUGUACAACCUUUCUCCAUACAGAAGACUGUAUGUGUGAGUAGGAUUUGGGGAAGGGGUCAGUUGGGGAGGGAAUUACACCUUCCAGUCCCUCUCUACAGGGACCUCUGUGGGACACUAAAGAGGGUUCCCAAGGUGGUUAUAUCUCUUGAUUGAUUUCCUGUUCUCCAUCUCCAUUCCUAUUCUCAUUCCUACUUCUUGGGGAUGGUGGAGUUUGUUCCCUGCCCUUGCUCAUUACCCAGGAUCCUUGCACUUACAGGGAGGCAUCUGUAACGUCACUGACGAACAAGAGGUACAUCCUGAGGUUCCCAGUGCUGGAGACACUGAUGCUGGAUGACAACAAGCUCUCCAGCCCCAAUUGCUUUGCCAGCCUGGCCGGGCUCAGAAGCAGGUUCAGCUCCAAGACGGGUCAGGGGACUGGGCUAGAGGCAGGGGGAGUCCCCAGAAAGUGCCCCAAUCCAUGCUGCAGCCCAAGUCGUGGAUGUUUGAGGCCUCAGAUGAACAACCGGAUUAUACUGUACUGCCCAUGAAAAAGGAUGUUGACCGGACAGAGGUUGUGUUCUCAUCUUACCCUGGAUUUUCAACCUCUGAGGAGGCCAAGGUAUGUGCACUUCCUCCCAUAUUCAAGAUUCUUCCCGUGAAGUCACUGAAGGCCAGAAACCAGACGCUGGCCCCGCCCUUUCCGGAGCUGAGGUACCUUAGCCUGGCCUACAACAAGAUCGCGAAGGAAGAUGCCAUCCUGCCGGUAGCUCUCUUCCCGUCUCUCUGCGAGCUCAUCUUUCAUAACAACCCUCUGGUGGCCCAUACACGAGGGGUCCCUCCAUUGCUGAAAACCUUCCUCCAGGAACACCUGGGGAUCCACUUGAUUCGAAGGAAGAUAGUAAAGGCUAAGCAUCAUAUUUUGAUGCCUCGGAAGGACUCUCGGAAGGUGAAAACCCAAGUUCCAAAGGUGCCAAAGCAGCCUCUGAUUCUUCAUCACCUAUCCGUGCCCACAAUCAAGUCUCCCUCAAAGGAGAUGCCAGAGUCUGAGGCAGCGCCAACUAAAGAGCUGUCCACCACCAGAAGCAGUCCUCUGGAGCCAGAGAUGCCCAUCGAGGGCCUGGAGGGCCUUUCCCUGUCCCACCGGCCCUUUGUGCCACUGCCUCCCAUCUGCUCUGACUCUACUGUGCAUAGUGAAGAGACCAUGUCCCACCAGAGCAACAGACCUGGCCACCUCAGCCCAGAGCACCUGUCAGAUGAGGACACCAAGAGCACAGAGUCCAUAUUCUUGACCCAGGUGAGUGGGUUGCCUUCCUCCAUCCACCAGAAGGAUGAUUCAGCCGUGAAGGAGGAAGAGCAAAGACCACCCCGCACAGCCCCCAGAGAGGUAAAGAGGGCUUGGAGGAAGCUCCCAUCUGCCUCCCUCCCCAGCAAGUAUCGUGGCUAUGAGGAGCUGCUGACAGCCAAGCCUGAUCCAGCCUUUAUUGAGCCAAAGGGAAUCCAGAAGAACACACAGGCCCUGCAGUACGUGCUGAAGCACCCGCUGCUGUUCCGCUCCUCCAAGCCCAGGCUUGACACUCUUCAGAAACGCUACGUUCCCAAGGAGAAACGGGCCCAGAGGAUCCCCAUUCCACCCCCACGGAAGACUCGAGCCCAGCUGUUGGAUGACAUUCUCAUUCGCAUGAGGGAUCCCCGGAAUAUUACAGAGGCUCCACUAGGAGCUGUCCUGCGCCAGCGGACUGAGCAGAGGCUGGUGAACCAGAAGCAAUACCUGGAGGCCAAGAGGCUGCUGAAGGAGUUUCGGGCACGCUACCGGCAGCUGGUGCGCUGCUCACUGCGGACAGUGUUCAGGGCCACAGCGCCACCCCCAGGCCACCCAGCACUGAGCGAGGGCCAGCCUAGGUUUGGCCGCUUCCUCAAGUUCAUGGAUGAGUUCUGCCAGGGUCCCACGGCCAGUGACUCAAAAGACUAAGGUCUGCGCACGGGGCAGUGCCCAGCCUGUGCCCCAUACCCUCCCUGAGGGCUCCGCACCCUGGACCGCGCCUUGGGGCUGGGUGCGCCAGGUGCAGGCCUCAAACCUUGGCUUGGCCUCGCUCGCUGGCCACAGAGAGUGGGGAACUAACUGGUAAGGACCUCCCUUCCCCGGGCCAGGCAGGACCCAGUGCCUGGCUCAGCAGCAAUAAAGAGUGGGUGCACAGAG